AUGAAGAUGGCUGGUGGCUUCACAGGGCUGAGUUGCGCCGCAGCCGCCUUGUUUGCUUUUCUGACAUAUCGUUUCAUCUUUUGGCCUGCAUUGUUCUCCCCUCUUGCGCGCAUUCCCAACGCUCACUGGUCCGUCCCGUUUUCCCGCCUCUGGAUCCUGCGGAUUCGAUUCACCCAUCGAGAAAAUAAAACACUCUUUGCCGCCCACCGCCGUCACGGUCCCAUAGUCCGAGUUGGGCCCAGCGAACUGAGCAUCGAUGACGUGGACUGUGUCCGCACUGUUUACCAGGGUGGAUUUGAGAAGACUUCGUGGUAUUCUGUCUUUGACAACUAUGGCGCUGUCUGCAUGUUUUCGGCAAGACCUUCUGCCGAGCACUCGGCACGGAAGCGGUUGAUAUCCCAUGUCUACUCCAAGUCAUACAUGCAGUCGAGUCCGGCGGCUUCAGCCCAAGGGCACGCCAUUCUUUCCGAGAGGAUUCUGCCGAUUCUUGAACGGUCCGCCAAAGAUACCCAGCUUCCCCAUGGCAUCGAUAUCUAUUCGGUGUUUAUGGCGGCAACGAUGGAUUUUAUCGCCGGCUACCUCUUUGGGCUGAGGAAUGGAACCGACUUUCUAGGCGACAAGGCCUACAGAGAGCACUUUCUCGAGCUGUACAGGGCCCGCCAGGGUUAUGGAUAUUACGAUCAAGAGAUGCCACAGUUCACCAGAUUCUGCCGCAAGAUUGGCAUUCCCUUUUGCCCCAAGUGGGUGGAUGCAGCCAAUAAGGAGCUUGGCGACUGGUGUCUACGGCUCUGUGAUCAGAUAUCCGCCUCUCCCGACACAACUAACACUGACCCAAGGGAUGAGCCUGUAGUAUGGAAAAGUCUAGUUGGUGGGCUUCGGAAAGAUGAAACUACGAAGGGCAAGGACUCGCUCCUGUAUCCGGCUGUGUCCAACUUCCGGCUGUCAGUUGCAUCAGAGCUUUUCGACCAUGUGCUGGCAGGCCAGGAAACGGCUGGCUUGGCCCUUACAUAUCUAACCUGGAGGCUAUCACAGUCAUUGGAACUGCAAGAGAAGCUGAGAACUGAACUUCUGGGCAUGACACCAAACCUGCGACAGCGCCCAGAUGGAACGAUUGAUAUGCCGGAUCCCAAAAAGUUGGACAGUCUCCCUCUACUUCACGCCGUACUGACAGAAACACUACGCCUUCACGCGCCAAUCCCUGGGCCACAGCCACGUCAAACUCCUGAGGCGGGCUGUCGUCUAGGCUCGUACCAUGUACCGGGUGGCGUGAGGGUGGCAGCUUUGGCCUAUACUCUCCAUCGUGACGAGGCAGUCUUUCCAGAUGCUGAGGAAUGGGACCACACUCGGUGGCUGCCGGGUACGGGAACAGAAGACGAAAGGAAACUGCGGAACAGGCAAUUCUGGGCUUUCGGCUCAGGCGGUAGGAUGUGUAUUGGGUCCAACUUUGCAAUGAAUGAGAUGAAACUCAUGAUCGCGGCCAUCUACUCCAACUACACCAGCCACAUUGUGAAUGAUGAGGGUGUAGCGAAUCAGUCAGAUGGGUACACCUCACGUCCUGCAAGCGAGCAGCUGUAUCUCCGGUUCGAGAAGGUUGUAUGA